UGGGUUCAAAAAUGUAAUCAUGAUAUUCGAUCAACUUAUCAAACUAUAGACGAUUUGCAGAGCCCUGAUAAUAAGCAAUGGAUCAAGAGCCGACGCACAAGUUCAUACACGUCAAAGUGGUGGGGCAGGUUUCGAGUUUAGGAGGGGAGCUAGAGGUGUUCUUUAGAAUCAAGGAGAGCACCCCGUUGUGGAAGCUGAUGGCAGCAUACUGUCGUCGGAUUGGCAUGUACGAGGUCCAGGAUUUUGCAUUCAUUUUCGAUCAGCGCUUGUUGCGUCCCCAUCAGACACCUAAACAGGUGCACAUGGAGGACGGAGAUGUGAUAGAUGCAUUGCUGAACCAGACAGGAUCUUAAAUAGCUAUUGACGUACUAUCAGCUCUGGAUGAAACUAUGAACUGUAUUAUGAUUUCGAUCGUUCUGUAACGAGCUGGCGUUGCCUGAUGAGACACCUCGAUUACCAUGUGUUUCUAUUUUGGUUGUUUCGCUUGUAGUUUGUUUUGAGUGAUCAGUGUGACUAGCUAGCUAGUUGCAGUGUGGUUUUUUGUUGUUGUU